CAUCUCUCUGUUUCCUGUAUGAUAGAACAUAAGAUAGAAGCUGCCAGUUAGUAAUAAAAUGAAUUGGGAAAUUAGUUGGGCAGAUAUGUGUCGAGCAUGUAUGGAAGUUGAAGGUGUUUUACUUCCCUUGUACGACGAUGAUGAAAUUAAUGAUAAUGAUUUACCAAGUAAACUUGCUGAAUUGACUUCAAUUCAGGUAAACAAAUGUGAUGGCUUGCCAACAAAACUUUGUGCCAAAUGUGCUUACAGGACAAAUGCAUUCUUUGAAUUUAAAUAUUUGGUUCAAGAGUCGGAUAAAAAACUAAGGCAUAUGUUUAACGAACAACUAAUCUCUGACGAAAAAGAUGACGAAGUUGAUGAAAAAAUGAGCAAAAUGGGCUAUAUGGACUCAAAAAUGUUGUUACAAGAAGACUGCAAUUAUGUUCGAGAGCAGAAAAGCAAUUUGUGCGCUAAUGGAGACGACAAUAUUAUAAAUGUAGAAUUGAAAGAAGAGAAAGAUGAUAUUAUAAACGAUGCGGACAAGAUAAGCGAAGACAUUAUUGUAAAGGUAGAAGAGACCUUAACUGAUACAAAUCUGAAUAAUGAAAUACACGUUGUAUUUCAUUCGAAUGAAUUUAAUACAAUUAGUAGUACUAACGAAGCCAAAUUCAUUGAAGAGAUUAGUAGUACUAACGAAUCCAAAUUCAUUGAAGAUCGGUGUAAUUAUGAGUUCCAGCAGCCUCUUACGUUACUCGCUGAUAAUAAAAGAGUAGAAAAUGGAAAGCAUGUUGGAGCCAAUGGUUCAAGCCUUAAUGAAAAUUCUAAAGUCGACGAUGAAUCGAGCGUAAAAAACCAAAUUUACAAUAGUUCUAAUUUAGGUAUUAAUAAGCAAGAGGAUAACGAUAGCGAUGACUCUGACUUUUAUGUAGAUUCGAAGGAAUACAUCGUUGGUAGUAUUAACGACACGAUAACAAAAGUUAAAGAGAUCAAAGAUGAUGGAAAAGUGGUACAAUAUCAAUGCACGCUUUGUUUGCAAAAUUAUUCGGUACUUUCGCAAGCUUUAAACCACAUAGUGGAUUUACACGUGCCAAGUACCGGGCCGUUUUAUUGCGUUGUUUGCGAAAUGGAUUGCGAUAGUAUUAAACAUCUGAAGGCACACGUAAAAAUCCACAAGGGUCCAACUCCUUAUUCCUGCUUCCUUUGCAAUAAAUCGUAUGUAAUGAAGAGAUAUCUGAAACGUCACAUGGCCUGUCACACGGAUUUUCCUCGACACCGCUGUGCUAAAUGUGGCAUACGUUUUAAAGUCAAAAGUGAACUGGAAGAGCACAUUUUGUCUCACAGUCAAGGAGCACCGUUUAGAUGUAGUCAAUGCCCUAGAGUAUUCAAUCACAAAGGCAAUUACAAGCGUCAUUUAAUUUCUCAUCUCGAUCCUCAAGGUUUGCAUUUGCCCAAAUACCCCUGCAACGUAUGCAAUAGAAGAUUUUUGAACAAUCGUACUCUAACAACCCAUAUGAGGGUUCAUACCGGAGAAAAACCUUACAAUUGUAUCAUAUGCAACAAGUCAUUUUCACAACAAGGUAAUCUUCUGAAUCAUCAGAAAAUCCAUACAAAUCCACGAAGUUUCACAUGCGAGGUCUGUGGAAAAAGUUUCAAUCAAAAGGCAACUUUAAGAGAUCACAGUUUGUUACACUCCGGGGAGAAACCUUAUGUAUGCACCGUUUGUGGAAUGGCAUUUACAUUUAGUGCUGCUCUUCGUCGUCAUAUGUGGACUCAUAGCGAUGGGAAGCCAUUCGAGUGCGACGUUUGUAGUGCAAAGUUUAUUGGGAGGUAUGAUCUGAGGCGUCACAUGAAGAUACAUAAUGGCAGACCAAAAUUCAAACGUACUAAAUCUAGGAAGACGAAGGAAGCGAAUGCCAUUGAAAUUCCAGCAGAAGUCAUUAAUAUUGUUCCGGAUCAAACUAAUUCGGACACUAUUUUCGUCGAACAAAUUUUCUUAUGCGAUGAAUCUAUCCAGAUUAUUUCGAAAGAAGAUUCUGAGAAAGAAAAUGUCGAUUCAUUGCUUAGUCUUAUACAGUAUACGUAAAUUAUUAAUUGAAUAGGCCUUUUAUUUAAUAUCAUGUAAAUACGUUCUAUCAUCGAACAUUAAUAAUUCUCGUUUUUACCUACAUGCAUGCCAGAGUAGUUGUGCAUUUGUUGCAUCACCCAAUAGAUGGAGAUACUUAAUUAAUUUUUCGUUUUUGAUAAUUCCUACAUUUU